UUCUGAAGCAGUCAGUUUUCACAAUGGCAUCUAGCAAACACACACAAGAUAUUAUGGAGGAAUUUACUUGCCCAGUUUGCCUUGAAGUUUUAAACGUUCCAGUGAUGUUGGAGUGCGGGCACAAUUUCUGCAAGUCUUGUAUUGACAGCGUUUGGGAGAGCAAGAAACAACCUUCCUGUCCUGAGUGUAGACAGGAAUGCACAGCUGGGAAAUAUGCAAUGAACAGACUGCUAGCAAAUGUGAUUAAAAGUGUGCAAAUACAGUGCCAGAAAGAAGAAGGACCAAACACAUGUGAGAAAGCCCAGCUUUGUAUGGAACAUAACAUAAGGCUUGACCUGUUCUGCCAAGACGAUUACAUUUUGCUUUGCUCCCUGUGUGUUCCUGAACAUCAUGGCCAUACCUUCUUGACAUUGCAGAAAGCACUUGACAUGUACAAGGACAAACUGACAACAUCUCUGUCUUACCAGCAGUCAAGUCUGAAGCAUUUUAAAGAAAUAAUGUGUCAGCAAGAAAUGAAGAUGUCAGAAAUCACAGCAAAUGCCAGAAGUCUACAGCUGCACAUAACAUCAGAAUUUGCCAUGCUUUAUCAGUUCCUCCAGCAGAAAGAAGAAAGUCUGGUCCAACAGCUGAAGAAGGAAAAAACAGAAAUUCUGAGGGAGAUGGAGGAAAAUCUGAGAAAAAUUAAAGAAAACAUAAAUGCCUUUCAGGAAUCAAUCUCUAAUAUUCAGUUACAGUUGCAGCAACAGGAUGCUCCGACUUUUCUAAAGGAAAUCAAGUCAUUUGUGGAGAGUCUUAAAAAUGUCCAGAAAGAGGAUGACUGCCAAAGAGUUGUGGCAUACAACUUGAGUCUUGGACUGUACAAAGGCCCUCUAGCAUAUGGAGUAUGGAAGGAAAUGAAAUCCAUCCUUAGUCCCGGUCUGUCUAAUCUUGUAUUGGACACGAACACAGCACACCCUAAUCUCAUUCUGUCUGAUGACCUGACCAGCAUAAAACGUGGUAACAAAAGGCAGGAGCUCCCUGACUACCCCAAGAGGUUUGAUAUAUGUCCAUUUGUACUGGGAUUAGAGGGAUUCAUAUCAGGCAGGCACUAUUGGGAGGUAGAGGUGAAGAACAAGACUGGCUGGUGUGUGGGUGUUGCCAAAGAAUCCAUCAACAGGAAAGGAUACAUCAUCCCGAGCCCUGAGAAUGGAUACUGGACUUUGUAUCUUGGCAAUCAAAAUAAGUAUGUAGUAUGUAAAACACCACGAAAAUAUAUCAAACUCUGGGAGAAGGCCCAGAGGAUCGGAAUGUAUCUGGACUGUGAGGGUGGACAGGUGUCAUUUUAUAAAGCUGACAACAUGUCCCAUCUCUACACUUUCACUGACACCUUCACUGAGAGAAUAUAUCCUUUCUUUAGCCCUUGUAAUAAUGAUGGGGAUAAAAAUGCAGAACCCCUGAAGCUCUUUCACUUAAAAUUAUAACUCUGACUGAAAACUAUAGUUUUGUAAAUUCAACAUAGAGACUGAAAAUAUGUAAAAAAAGAAAAGUUUUAAUCAGUUUUAUUGGGUGAUAGUCUUAAUGAGAAGGAAGUAUAUAAAAGAAUAACAUUUCACAGUAGUGAAGUAUAAAGACAAAGUACAUUUAAAGAGGAUAUUCUUGUUUAAUAUAUAGUGCAAUUAUUUUGCCUCUAGGAAUUUUAUAAUGUUAUAUGUAUCUCUUAAUAUAUUCUAGUUAAAUUAGAUCUUGAAUUUAAGAUCUGAGCAUUUAGGGAUGUUUUGACAUGCACAUUACUAUCUUAAAGAUAAAACAUGUACAAGCAAAUCACAACUCCAAUUUAUUAUUUUUUUAUCUUGUAUUUCACUCAUCUGAAUUAUGUCUCAUAAUGGAUCUCAGUACUGUCUCCUACUGGCCGUAACACAUGCUUUGGCUAUAUAAAUAUGUGCUGUCUGCUACUUGCAAGUGUCAAUGUGUAAAAGCCUCCCCUUCCAAAUAGAGAUAGAUUUCAUUUGUUGUGAUUCAGAGAGAGAAGUAUUGCUGGUUGUUUUAUAUAAGCAGUCAUUUGUAGGGACUGUUAUAAGCAAUCAUUUUUAAGAACUGUUGGUCUGCAGAACAGGUUGAGAGAGUUGUACAGUUUGGUUACUGUUAAUGAAUGUGACUAAAAUACAGUUACAACUGUUAUUUUAUUCUGUGCUAUUGCAGCUAUCAUACGUCUAACAUUCCAUUUUUCCAAAGCUAGAGAUUAGUUUUAUUAUGCCAUUAAAACUAUAAUGUAAGUACUGACACUAAUGUUUGCAGAAAAUUAACAAUGGAGGUUUACAUUGCUGGCGUAUUAUUUCUUCAUAGGUUCAUAGGCAAGCACUAGGCAAUCAGUCUGCAGACCAUUACAAGCCUACCCAAAAUACUUAAGUCAGAGGUAAUCUACAUCCUCUAGAAAACCAUGCCAAGUGGGUUUUAGUUUCACUGUUAUUGACCAAGUUUUAAAUACAGACAAGAGAUGGGAUGCAGAAGUGGAUUUAAACUGGAAAGAAUAUGCUUGGUAAGUGAGGCUAAACACAGGUGCAGAUCCAGGUAUGAAUGAUAUGGAAAAC